GGAGCCUCUCCAGGGCAGCUCAAUGAUUACUUCUCAAGGGCCGGACCCAACCUCUGACCCUGCAGACUCAGCCUCAGCUCUGACAGAGUCAACAGUCAAGUCAGAUGCUGCCCUCCCCCCCCAGGCCAGCAGGAAGUACCUGGUGUAUGAGAGCUGUCUGAUGGAGCUGUUUGAGCGCUGUGCUCGGUGCCAGCGGGCCUGUGCUGUAACAACCACGAGGCUCGGGACCUUGGUGUCAGUGGAGCAGCUGUGCAGCCACUGUGAGUCCUCCCGGAGGUGGAGGAGCCAGCCUCUCGUGGACCAGACCCCAGCUGGGGACGUCCAGCUGUCUGCUGCAGUCUACCUCAGCGGAGCCUCCUUCUCCACACUUCACAAGGUGUUCAAGGCCAUGCGUCUGCAGAUGUUUCCGUAUGACACGUUCUGUCGGUAUGCCAGGAUGUUUGUGGAGCCGGCUGUAGUCCACAGCUGGAGGAAGUCCCAGGAGGUGAUGCUGCAGCAGCUCAGCCAACAGGACAAAGUCCCACUGGGGGGGGACAUGAGGGCCCACUCAGUCCCACUGGGGGGGGACAUGAGGGCCCACUCUCCAGGCCACUGUCCAAAAUAUGUCAGCUACACCACGAUGGAGCUCAGCACCAACACUGUAGUCGAUGUCCAGCUGGUUCAGAGCGCUGAGGUUGGGAGCCCACACAUGGAGAAGGAGGGCCUGAAGAGGAGCCUGGCCUUGUUGGCUGCACGAGGCGUAACCAUCGAUUACAUCGUCACCGACCGCCACACGCUAAUUCAGGAGUUCCUGAGGGAGGAAAACAUCCCCCAGUUCUACGAUGUCUGGCACAUGGAGAAAAGUAUAGUUCCUUUUGUUACAAGACUUUCAAAGAAAAUAGAUAAAAUGACCAAAAAGAAGGGCUGUGAGAAAGUGAAGAGGUGGAUUCCAGCCAUCAGGAACCACGUGUACUGGACCGCUGCGUCGUCCCAGACGGGCCCGGAGAGACUGGCUAAAUGGACCUCCCUCCUCAACCACGUACGGGACGUUCACACACACCAGGACCCCCUCUUCCCACAAUGCCUCCAUACAGUCGGAAACACAAGGGACAAGAGGAAAUGGCUCUCAGCAGGAAGUCGUGCGUUCGACAGGCUGGAGAAGGAGCUGACCAGAAAGUCAGUCCUGAAGGACAUCGCCCAGCUCAGCCCCCACUACCAGGCGUCCUCUUGGGAGGCCUUCCAGAGCACCGUCCUGCAGUUCGCUCCUAAAGACCUGGUCUCUCCAUACCUGGGAACGCUGUGCAGACUCUACCUGGCUGCUCUGCAUUAUAACGAGAAUGCUGACGGAGGACGAGCCCCAACAUCGUCAGGGGAUCCUCUUCUCAAACGGAGAUCUCCAAAAUCCAGGACGGGAGAGAGCCGAGCCAGACCGCUGAAGACAGAGGCAACAUUCAGGUAUGUAGAUGAUUUGAUGGACCUGAUCAUGGAGAAAGUCUUUGUCGACCCAUCAUCAUAUAGAGAUGAGAUUCUGAAGCUAAACAUCCCGCCAGACCGGUCUUCCCAAUGAGCCUCCAUAUGUUCCCAAUGAGCCUCCAUAUCUUCCCAAUGAGCCUCCAUAUGUUCCCAAUGAGCCUCCAUAUGUUCCCAAUGAGCCUCCAUAUGUUCCCAAUGAGCCUCCAUAUGUUCCCAAUGAGCCUCCAUAUCUUCCCAAUGAGCCUCCAUAUCUUCCCAAUGAGCCUCCAUAUCUUCCCAAUGAGCCUCCAUAUCUUCCCAAUGAGCCUCCAUAUCUUCCCAAUGAGCCUCCAUAUCUUCCCAAUGAGCCUCCAUAUCUUCCCAAUGAGCCUCCAUAUUUUCCCAAUGAGCCUCCAUAUCUUCCCAAUGAGCCUCCAUAUCUUCCCAAUGAGCCUCCAUAUCUUCCCAAUGAGCCUCCAUAUCUUCCCAAUGAGCCUCCAUAUCUUCCCAAUGAGCCUCCAUAUCUUCCCAAUGAGCCUCCAUAUCUUCCCAAUGAGCCUCCAUAUAUUCCCUGGGCGUCAGGAAACUCCCAUUGGAUCCAAAGUACCACACCUGAGAGGACCCCUUCCUGUAUCUUCUGACCAAGGAAGCCCCAGCACCAGCUCCCCGAGCUUCUAUAAGCUCCAAACCUGUAACCACGGAGACACAUCAACAACCAGUUCUCUAAUGUCUGGUUCUAGGGUUGGUACCGAGACCCGGUGCCUUAAUGACCGGUAUCUACCGGACCGAAUAGCAACGCAGAUUUCGGUGCCUCUGAUAUGUCUGCGCUUCUCUCUGAUGCUCCGAAACGGAUGUUAGCGGCGACAGACACUUUGCUGCACGUGGCGCUAGUUACACCACACUCGUUAGCCUAGCGUUAGCUAGCAGCUGGAUUAAACACGCUUACAAUGCUGGCAGCUAAACGGUGUAAACCAGGGGGGUCAAACUCAGUUUCCCAGAGGGCCAGACAUGUGUAUAUAUAGAUUAUUGACAUCCAGCGACAAAUAUGUUCAGAAAAGUGCCAAAAAAGUGUCAAAAUUGUCUGAAAAAGUGACAAACACAUUGUGAAAAGUGUCAAAAACUUCCAAAAAUGUGGGAAAACAUUGAGUAAAGCAUCCAAAACCUUAAAACAAAGUGCCUAAAGCAUUGAUAAAAGCACAUAAACCUCCGUAAAAGGUGUCAAAAAUAUCGAAAAAAGCACCAAAAAUGUAAAAAGAAUUAUUUCUUUAUUGUGAAUCUAAAUUGAAAUGCGGGCCGGAUCAAAACCUGCGAGGGGGCGGAUGUGGCCCCCGGGCCUUAUGUUUGACACCGUGUGGUGUAAAGUGUGACUGUAUAUCACUGGAGAGGAUCCAACAGUCGGAAAAACAGCAGCCGGUGCGUUGAGACUGGUGAACUACGUCAUUGUUAUACGUUAUAGUGAUUACAUUAUGAUUAAAUCAUUUAAUUUUGACCAUAUGGCCUCAGCAAUAAGCCGACUGUUGUUAGGGACCCGAACGCUAGCCAGCCCUACUGGGUCACAGCUCUCUGAUUUGGAUUCAGUGAAUCCUUCAUCACUGUAUUUAUGUACAAUGACAACGCUCAAUAAAUGUUUGUUAUAUCUGUAAAAUGUUUCAUGUGAUGAAUGUGUAAUAUACAGGAUUUGCUUAGGAACUACUUGGCUAUAUGUUCAAGAACUAAUCUGAUGUGAAAUAGUGGCACUGACUGUAUUUAGUAUAUGAUGUAGUACUAAGAGGGAAUGUAAGUCGGUUAAAUCAGCUGAAGGUCCCGUGGUCAGCCCUGGAACUGACAACAGGCUUCUCCGUUAGUCACAUGCUGAACAAACAUUUGAUGUGCUGCACAGAAAUUAGUUUUUCACUAAAAAGGGCAACGGCAAUGUGCACUUUUUGUCAUGCUAUUUAUUUCAGGAAUAUUAAAUGUCACCUCAUCACUUCUCACUUCUUAAACCAAGGUUUCUUGUACAGCCGUGUAGAUGUGGCAGCUUGGUGCCCAUCCAGAGCCAUCCCAUGGAUGGAGCAGUUUGAGAAAGUCUCUAGUUGACAACAUUGUAACAUGGGCAUUUGUGCAGUUCCAAGUGUUGAUAUUUGGAUGAGCUCAGCAAUAAGGUUAAAUAUGAACUGUCCUUGUAUUGAUGUUUCCAGGGAAGCUGUCAGCCCUAAAUUAUCAACGUGAAGGAAUUGCUGCGACAGUCAGCGCUAAAAUCUGAGGAGAGAAAAGGAAGUUUAGGAAUAGGUCCAGGAUGUUGCUUGUUGGUACGAUAGGGCUCUUUUUGAGGGUUAGGUGUAAAUAGUGAUACAGGCUUUUAUAUGUGGAUACAUGUUAUGUUUAUAGAGAGUAAUGUAUUUAAUAUUAAAUAAGAGACUUUAAAGAAAAAAAAGAAAUGAGAACACAUUUAGGUUUACCAAGCUAGCUAAUAUGAAUCAUGUGGCACAAUAAUUUUAGGAUGAAGUGUAUGGGUAGAUGGCUAUCUUAGUGACUACCUUACCUAUAGGCCAGUGAGCCUAGCAUCAGUGGUGAUAGGUGGUUUGAUUUGCUAAUAAUAUGUCAGAAUUAUAUUAAGACAUUUUAAUUUAUGAAAAAACCUUUUUGACAAUAAUUUGGAGGCCCCCCUGCAGUGACUCUGAGGACCCCCUAGGGGUCCCGGACCCCCUGUUGAAGAUCUCAGCUCUAACAGAUGAUUAGGCUGACCUACCUUUCAGAUGGUGUAAAGGUGGUCGAAGCUCUCGCUGAUCCUUCAAUCUCAACACACACCAACAUGCUGUAGUUUAAUUUCAUAUGUUUAUGGGAAUGCAGAUUGUUUAUGCAGUGUUGAUGAAUGUUGAUUAUUUGUACUGUGAUAACUUAUUUAGCUUUUGUAAGCCGAUACUGUCGAGAUCAGUCAAUAAAUGCUUCUGGUUUUGACUUCUA